UUUAUGUAUAAUUGCUACUUUAUUUUAAGUCUCCUCUCAUGAAGGCUUUCUAAAUUUAUUGAUUUUACUAAAGGUGUUACUCUAGUCAAAUGUGAAUAUAUAUUCAUUUGUUAUGAAUCUCACUGCUCUAUUUUGUGUCUGUUCCAGUCUUUAUGUUUUCUUGAGUUGAGGGGUCCCAAACAGAGGAUGCAUAUUCUAUUAUUGGCCUAACCAAGGUUAAAUAACAUUUAGUUUUAUGUUCUUGUUUGAUUUUUAAAGAAAUUUCUUUUUAUAAACCCUAAUACUUUUUUUUAAUUUUUUGAUAGUUUCAUCAAUAGGGGAUUCCAUGACAGUUUUUCAUUUAUUAUUACACCUAAGUAUUUUGGGUUUUUAGUCUGUGUUACUGGUUUACCAUGAAUAAGAUAAGUAGAAUUUAUUUGUUUUAGUUUUUUUUUGUUACUUUUAAUAACUGACAUUUUUCAGGGUGUUCGAGUUAUUUUUCCCAUUUUCAGAUCAGGUUGAAACUUUGCACAAUUAUUUAUUGUUGAUGACAACACUUGAUCAAUCAAAAAAUUAACCAGUUAUUUAAUCAUUUAGUUGAUUUUAAUAAAUUUUGUUUUAUAUAGAAAUGUACUUUAGAAUUUAAGCUAAGGGGCAAUAAGUCGUUUGAUAUAGACUUUUUAAGACUUUAAAACCUUCUAUUUUGUGUUUAGCUCAAUGGCUACUGUGUCUGCCUUCCAUUAUGGAGGCUCGAGACCCAGAGUUUGAAUUCAGACCAUUUUUUUUUCAUUGCAUUUGAAAAGACAGCACAGAAACCUUCUCCCAGAUUCCCCCCUCCCCUUAACUGGUCCACAUAAGUGUUUGGACCAUACAGCACUGAGCAUUCUAUAAGCAUGAAAGUUGCACUAUACAAAAACAAUAAAAAUAUUUCCAAAUACACAAAUUUAUUAUUGUUAGUCUAGGUAUCUGUUAACAAAUGAUUGAUUCAAAAUAAUUGAGGCAAUUUUACUCAAUAUAAGCUUCAUUUUUAAAAAAUAUAUUUUUUUAUUCUUACUUGUUUUUUUUAAUUUAUAUCUUUAUAUGCUGACAACUUUUCUGCUUAUCAAAAACAGUCAGAUUUUGUUGAUCUAGUUUCUAUGAGAUGAUUUCGACCUCAUUUGAUUAAAUGCAGAUGAACUACAAGAUAAUGCCUCAAAACUGGAUGCUGUAGCUAGAGCAGUUGGCAUGGAAAUUUAUCCUGAAAGAAGAAAAAUACUAGUUUGUGGUGGAGAUAGUACAAGAUGUUGCAUACAGCUGAAUGGCCAAACAUUAGAAGUUGACUCAAACAUAACAAGAAAUAGAGGAUCCAUUCAAGAGAUAAAAACCUCAAUUAAGCUUGGCAUCUGGUGUCAUGAGCAAACUGUGGAAAAUCUGGAAGAGUAACAUCAGCUUCCAACCAUCAGUAUCAAAGAUGGACUCUAAGGAUGAACUCAAGCAGCCUCUUCUCUCUGGUGAGACUGAAAGCAUUGAAAGCUUGACUAACAAUAGUAUAGCUGGUGUAGUUAUCAAUUCAUCAGAUGAAACUAUAAAAGUGAAAGCAGAAAUAGCUCUUAAAGUCUAUAAAAGAAGAUGGUACGUUCUACUGAUGUUCAGUCUCUAUUGUUUCACUCAAAAUGCUGUAUGGAACACUUGGGGCCCAAUAUCAUCCAGCAGUAAAGAAGCCUUUUCCUGGAGUGAUGCCACCAUUGCCUGGCUGAACAACUGGGGUCCAGUUGCCUAUGUUGUGUGUGGUUUAUUUUUUCCUUGGCUGCUUCAGGUUAAAGGUCUGAGGUGGGCAGUGGUUCCCAGCAUGUUUUGUGUUUUUAUUGGCACCGUUUGUAGAGUGAUCACAUCAGAUGAAAAUUCUGCCACCAUUUUAAUUCACAUUGGUCAGUUCCUGAAUGGAAUUGCUGGACCUGUUGGAAUGGGCGGGAUGCCCACGCUCUCUGCAAUCUGGUUCCCUGCAAAUGAAAGGAUAACUGCCACAGCCAUAGGAACAUCUAUCAGUGUUUUAGGUUCAGCUCUGCCGUUUGUUUUAGGUCCAUUCCUUGUAAGUGAUGGUCCACCAAACUUGAAUGUGACAACGACAGCAGCACCAAUGUCUACCUCAGUAUCUUCAGCUAGUCAUCUGAUUCUGAGCACCAUGGAGCCAGGGAAUGUUACAGCUGCCAGAAUUCAAAGAGAAAGAGAUGAAAUCAUGAAGUAUAUGUACUACUCAUGUGGCUUUGCUGGACUUAUAUUUCUCAUAAUAUUGAUUUACUUUCCUGCUAAACCACCACACCCUCCCUGUUUGUCUGCAUCAGUUGAGAGAGAGAAAUACUGGUCAGGCCUGUGGUCACUAAGAAGCAAAAAAUACUUUGUCUUGUUAGCUGUAAUCUAUGGUGUGUCUUUGGGUGUCAUCAACUGUUGGGCCAGUGUACUGAAUGUCAAUUUGAGCGCUUUCUCAUUCACACAUGUUGAUGAGGACCAGGCUGGUUGGAUUGGUUUUUACGCAACUUUAGGAUCAUUUGCUGGUUCUUUGUUGAUUGGAAGGUUUGCCAGUUUGUUUGCUAGACAGAUGAAACUGUUCAUUCUGGUCAUGUUUCUACUCAGUGCUGGAUGUUUUACAGUGUUUGCCCUGGUGCUGGUACAGGUGAUACCAAGUUCUUACGCCAUCUUAUACAUCUCUGUAAUUGGAGGAAACACAUUGGUCAACUCUGCUGUGCCACUUAUCUAUGAGCUGGGCUGUGAGCUGGCUUAUCCAACUAGUGAGGGUGCAGCCAAUGGAUUCCUGACCUACUUAAACAAUGUCGGUGGCUUGAUCUUUCUGGCGGUAUUCCUAAUUCCUAAUGUUGGCACUAUGUGGAUGAACUGGACAGCGAUUGGUUCAAUUGUUGUUUGCCUCCCUAUGAUAUUAGCCUUGAAGGGCCGGUUCAACAGACUGGAGGUGGAUGAAAGUGUCUCAGUACAGAAGUAUGUUGAGCAGGCCGUGGAUUCACCACCUCCAUAUGGCAUCCAGUCAUCUUGAUGUUCAGUCCAGUUUAGGCGUCCUAGUUUUUAAGUUGUUCAAUGUGGCUGUGAAGUAUGUGACUCAUUUUCUACAUUACAUUUUCAUUUACUUUUCAAGCAUUUUUUUUGUGCAUUUUGUUUCCAUGUAGUUUUAACUUUUGGCAGAAUUUUUUUACUGCUGAUUUAAAAAUACUUAACAUUAUUUGAUAUAACAUGUUUUGUAUAUUCAUUUUUGUAAUUUAAAUGAUAAUUUUUAUUGUCAAAUGUUAUUUUAACAUCUAUACUUGUUGUUUUAAAAUGCAAAUGUACAUUCCUUAAUACGUUAUGUUCUCAUCAUUGAUUGUACAUAUUUUGAAUUGAUUAAUUAUUAUUUGGCACAUUUAUUUUGUGAAAUAUCAUCUUUUUUCACCAUUGAUAAUUUGAGAGAUAGAUUUGCAUCUUUUAAAACUAAACAAAGACAAAACUGCUUCCCAUAACUUUCCUGACAAGUUCUUUGCUUGCUGCCAACUUUAGAUUUAACUUUAGUACUUCUUGCUGCACUUUGCUGAUAGCUAGUUUCUACUUUUUUCACUUACAAAGGUCUGGAAUUAUUUUUGUGUUUUUUCUUGAGGGAACAAAUUUUUUUGGUAUUGAAUGAACAAGAGACACUUAUGGUAUUAAUUAUGUUAAGAGUUAGUUCAGUCACAUUGGCAUCAUGUUUUGUUUUUCAACUGUUUUGAUAUAGCGAAUCUUUCAUGCUUAUGGCAUGCUCAGUGCGUUAUGUAAGAUCUCAUUUGUAGACCAGUGAGGGGAAGGGAAUCUGGGAGAAGGUUUCCGCAAACACAGCUCUGCUCAAUUUGGGAUUCAAACUUGAGUCCCCUUGUUAGGCAGCCAAGCGGGUCUGGCUUCUGAUUCACACUUCCUAAGUAAUUUUUCUCUAGGCAUGAGUUACUUACCUUGACAUUUAAUUAGAUAACCCUGGAUGAAUAAAAAAAAACUAUUUGCUCUCUUAAAGGAUAAACAAUUUUCCUGAAAUAAAACAAUGUUCUUCUUCCCUGUAAUAUUUUCAAAGGAAUAAAAAAUCUCUUUUUUUUUCCCUUUCUCUCCAUCUUUUUUGUCUCCCCUACCUGAUAUGUCUUUUUCCUCUUCCAUUCUUUUGUCUCUUUUAUCUUCUUACCAUGUGAUAUGUUUAGAUUUAAGGUAAUUCUUUACUUCCACUUGCAGUCAAUGUGAAAACUAGAUUUAUAUAUGUAUCAAACUCAUACUUAGUGAAAGGAAAAUCUGCUGACUCAUAUGUUUGUAUUUCUUCUUUGCGUCACUUUGAUUGUUUCACAUUUUGAUUCUUAAUUCUAUUCUCUAGCCUUCAUGUUAAGUUAUUAUUCUAUCUAAUGAAAUAUCCUUUGGUCCUGAAAAACAAACUUGCGGUCUGAAGUCUGAAAUAUUCCAUAAUUUUCCUGUUUCUCUUUUGCUAAUCUGGGACCAAACUUGCAAUUUCAGUUUUAACUCUUUCUCUCCGUAAUUAUUUACCACAUUCUGGUGGAAUCAACGCUGGUAUCGUCAGUUAGGAAAGAAAGAGUUAAGGAUGACAGAGGAGAAACUGUUAGUGUAAGAAACUCAGCAUGGGAUCUCUGUUUAUUGUUUCAAUUUUUCUGCUGAUGAUAAGUUCCAUGACAUUUAACAUUUGUGCGUUAAUGAAAUAGGUAUCUGAGUGUAGAAUGUUUACUACCAGGAAAAGUGAACGGUUCUCUACUUUUUUUGUGGAACAUGAUAAUAAACCAACAUAUUUGUUUUAUAAAGAAAGUGUGGCUAUUUAAAAAAAAACAACAACAUUUAAACGACAUUAUGAAACAAAUAUGACGGCAUUCUUGGUUUGAGCCGCAAAUAAAAGAUUGUUAAACUAAGCUUAAACUAAGCUUAGAAAUUGCAGGAUUGAUGGGAAUAUUUACCAAAAAGAGAAAGGAAAAUGACUCCGAUGUAAAGCUAGCUACAAUGUUGUUCAUAUUCUAAGCACAGAAAUGAAGCCCAAUCUUGCUGAUAUCUUAAGUAGAGAAAUGAAGCCAUCUUCUGAUGCGGGGAAAAAAAGAUACAUUUCAAAUAUUCCAUUAAUUAAUGAAGCACAGGAUCUACGGGUUUCAAGUUAAUAUCGUUUUUUAGGCCUACUUUUUGUUCAUGUGGCCCGCGACACGAGUGUCGGAAAUAAAAAUGGCCCGCGGGUCGAAUUAGGUUGGGCAUCACUGGUCUAACUUGUGCAGACAUUCAAUCUUAUGGAAAUAUUUAGUCUUGAUAUACAUGAACUUAAGGUUUGUCUCUUUUAGCCAUAAUGAAUAAUCAUCAUUUGUAACAUGUUUUAGUUUUAUGUCAAUCCAAAGGGAGGUUAUUUAGUUGCCAUGAAAGUAUAGUUCAAACUGAAGUGAAAACAUUUUGUUGUUGUUACUGCUUAAAAAGUAUUCUGUAAAUAAUUAAUAAUGAUCAUUUUGUUUUAUUCAUGCCGUUUGUUUUUCAACAUUCAGUGUUUCAUGGCAGAAAGUUUUGCUACUAAAUAUAAUAUAUGGUUAGUGCAUAUUUAUAAAUCUAGUAAAACAAAUUUUUUUAGGGACCAGGUGGCUGUGCAGGGUGAAUUGCCUUGGUUUUGUACCAAGAGAUCUCGAGUUUAAAUCUCUGUGAAGGCUGGGAUUUUGAACUGCAGGAUUUUUAGGUGGCCACUGAGACACUCCACUCUACGUUGGGGGAGUAAAGGCUGUUGAUGUUUGUGCUGGCCACACAAGACUCUCAUUAAGUGUUGGCCAUUAUAAUAGAUAGCUCUACAAGGGAUGCUUUUACUUGACUAUAGACAUGUCUGGUAUAGCCUAAGCAAUAUGCUCAAGGGCCAACAGCUCUUUUAACUACACAAAAUAAUUAUGCUUUCUGUUGUUGUUUUUUAACUCCCCUUUUGAAGCUUUUUCCGUCCAUUUAAAAUGUAAAUUUUAAAUCUAGGGAAAAAAAACAUUUUAAAAAAGUUUCAACCUUUUUUUUCCUUUUAAUUAUCUAUGUCGAGGCCCUUGCUCAAAUAUUUUAAAAUGAUACGAAAAAAUUGUUUGAAUUGAAAACAGUUAAACCAAAUUAUUGUUAUUAUGUUCUUUUUUUUUCUAUGAAAUGAGAACCACAAUAAAUAUUUACAAUGUUCACUUCACUUUGAUGUCUCGCAAUUUUAAAUUCAUACAUUACAUUAAAGAUCAUAUGGUUGAG